CGGGGACCCCCCCGAGAUGCCGGUUCGGAGCGAGAGGCGCCGCGCUGGAGGAGCGGGGAGUUCGUCCUCCUCCUCUACCGCCGCAGCGGCCGCCAGCAGCCUGGUGCCGCCGCCCCCCAUCAACACGGCGCAGCCCGGAGUGGCGACUUCUCUGCUUUACAGCGGGGCUAAAUUCCGCGGGCAGCAGCGCAGCAAAGGCAACGCUUACGAGGUGGAGGUCGUCAUGCAGCAUGUGGAUAUGGAAAACUCCUAUCUCUGCGGAUACUUGAAGAUUAAAGGCCUUACAGAGGAGUACCCAACCCUCACCACGUUCUUCGAAGGCGAGAUAAUCAGUAAGAAGCACCCGUUCCUAACGCGCAAGUGGGACGCUGACGAGGACGUGGAUCGUAAACACUGGGGAAAGUUCCAGGCUUUUUACCAGUAUGCAAAAACAUUUAACUCUGAUGACUUUGAUUAUGAAGAUCUAAAAAAUGGGGACUAUGUCUUCAUGAGAUGGAAGGAGCAGUUCCUAGUCCCAGAUCACACCAUCAAGGACAUCAGUGGUGCUUCCUUUGCUGGUUUCUAUUACAUCUGCUUCCAGAAGUCAGCAGCAUCUAUAGAGGGCUAUUACUACCAUAGGAGUUCAGAAUGGUAUCAGUCGUUGAAUUUAACGCACGUUCCCGAGCACAGUGCUCCUAUCUACGAGUUCCGAUGACAGCUGUCCAGAUCUGAUAGCGCCCAGAAGCAAAGCGGGCAGGAGAGCAUGGCCUGCCAGGAGAACUGUGUCCCUGUGGGAGCACGGCAAUGCACGCUUCUCUCCUGCCCCUUGGACUCGAGAGAGAGAGAAAGAGAGAGCCUGGAUGUGAACUCACCCAGCCUGAGGAGCUGCUGGAGCUUGAUUCUCCCUCCUGUCGAGUGGCCAUUUGAUCUUUACUCUGGUUUUAAGCUACUUUAAUGCACUUUCUUGUUGCACAGCUCGUUUCUCUGUCACUGAAAUUCCUCCCGGCUCUCCUCUGGAAGCUGUUUCUCAGUAGCUGGAAUCAGUGCUCUGGCCUCUAAGUAAUAAGGAAAUGUAAGCUCGAGGCUUAUAUUUUCCUUGUUAUAUCCUGAUGUGGGUUGGAAUAACCAGGAUUCAGGUUUCUUGCCCAGAUUUCCAGCUCUGAUGCUCCCAGAGCCAGGUCCUGGGUGUGAGGCUCAGCUGUGGAGUCUGUUGGGGGAGUGGUGGCUGAGGUAAGGCUGGAGUGAGGCUUUGCUGGCUAACAAGGUUAGCUGGAGCUGCAGAUCUUUCAAGAACACCAGCCCUUUGGAGCUGGGAGCUGUUCCGGUGUCUGGAUAGGCCACUGGGAAUUAAUUUGAUGUACGGACUUCCAGGCUCUCAGUAAAGUGGAUCUGAACUCUGCUUGUAGGUGUAUAUUUGCUCUUUACUUAAGUUAAGGGUAAAAAAAAAAGUUAAAAAAAACAGACAAAAAAAAAGACUUUUAUUAAAAAAAAAAUAUCUAUUUUUAUGGUUCCUUUUCCAAAGGACCCUUUGGCAAAUGCACAAGUACUGGAUUCCAUGUUACCGUUUUCACAUUGAAAACCAGGAAUGUCUGUGUUUUUAUAUCUGUGUCUGUAUCCAGCUAAGCUUUGGGAGCGUAACCGGAGCGCAGGCGCUGAGCAGCGUCACCCUGGCACCUCUCAGCGCUUGUACUCCCCCUUCGUGCUUCACCACCACUGCUUGACACCUUUAUACAAGGAAAAACAAGAAAAAAGUUUUAAAAAAACUCCUUCCCAGUAGCACCCUCUGACUCUGAAUGUUCCAAGUGACAUAACUUAAGGCUCCUGUGCCAAAGUGUGUGUGUGUUUGUAUGCGUGUGGGGUGUUUUUUUUAAAGACACUUUAAAACUUGGCCUCAGUUGUGUUUUUACCUUGUCAGCCCCACCUGUGGGGAUUUGUGAGAGUUUAGUUUGCCUUUAAUCCUGGCUGUUUUAAAGCCCAGCUUCCUGCAAGCAGACGUGUGGCAUGGCUGGUGCUGAGGAUAGAUUUUCCACCUGGGAGAGGGGAUUGAAGCCUCCGAGGUGCUUUGGGUUUUGCUUCUUUUUAACUAACUUCCUUUUUGGCAGCAGUUAUUGCUUGUUUAAGCCUUAACAAGGAAGGAUUCAGGGCUUGGAGAGCCCCUUUUUUCUAUUCCAAGUUGGGAUUUUGGAGGAGCAGCCGGGGCAGUCUGAGGAGAUGAUGCGGGAUUCACACACCUCGUGUGUGCUGUUCUCCGUGGAUCAGUCCUGUUCCCUGGCACAUGUGGAGAGAGACACCUGGGGGAGAAGGGAGAGACCUGGCCUGUCCCAGGGACUGUGUGCUGGUGCUUUGGCUGUUGCUGGAGGACGUGCAGGGACAAUGCUGAGGUGAUUUGGGGCUUUGAGCAGAGCAGUUGGGAAGGGUGCUCCUGUUUUAUUUUACUACUCUUUGACAAACUCAGCCCCUUUUGAGGAGAGGGGUUUUCCUCAUGGAUGGUGCUGGGAGAUGUCCUGGUUUUAGAAGUGAAAUCCGAUGGUGCUGGUCCACUGUGACCAAGUGUGGGGGUGAAACCUCCUUCCCAGGUGCUGUGUGAGUGCACCAUAUAAGAGCUAUAACAGCUCUUCCCAGCUCUCUGGAGCUGUCUGUGCAAUGCUGGUGGUGGCACUGUUGUCCCUGUGCUCCUCAGGGCUGUCAGGGCCAGUUGGAUUUCUGAUAUGGUUUAGUUGCAUUAACCCUGUUCAUUGGCAGAAGCUGAGUUACGAUGGUCGUGGGGGUGUUUAACAUGUGUAAGUAUCCCUAAACCAAUGAAG